CCCACCGCCCACAAAAUGGCGGCCGCUCCCGCCCCGCCUGAGGGGAGACGGCGCCGCGCAGUUCCGCCCACAAAAUGGCGGCGGGCGGGCUUUUCCCGCUGCUCGGAGGCGGCGAGUUCCGCCCCGCUCCUCGGCACACCCGGCGCCUCAGCCGGCGCUGCCCGGGGGAACGGGCGGCCCGCUGCGGCGUCCAGUGAUGGAACUGGGUCGGCUGGAGUACCUGCAGGCGCUCGUCACCGAGUUCCAGAGGCCAAGGAGCAGGUGCUGGCGAACCUGGCCAACUUCGCCUACGAUCCCAGCAACUACGAGUAUCUCCGGCAGCUCCAGGUGCUGGAUCUGUUCCUCGAUAUGCUCACCGAGGACAACGAGAGCCUCGUGGAGUUUGCCAUGGGUGGUCUUUGCAACCUGUGCUUGGAUAAAACAAACAAAGAGUACAUCCUGGAGGCCAACGGGGUGGAGCCCAUCAUCAACUGCCUGUCCAGCUCCAACGAGGAGACCGUGGUGUCGGCCGUGACCACGCUGAUGUUCCUGACGACGCCGCGGUCGCGCGCGCAGACCACGGCGCUGCCCGUGGUGGAGUGCAUGCUGCGCUUCUCGCUCUCAGCCAACACGCGCCUCAGCAACCUGGCAUGCAUCUUCCUGCAGGAUUACUGCAGCCCUGCGCAGGUGGAGGAGGCCAGGAACCUCAGCGAGCACACGGCAGUGGGGAUUCCUCUGCCCAAGGACUGAGCGGGGCUGUGGAGAGGGGAACCUCCCGCUGUUCUCACUUUCUGCUCAGCAGGUCAAGAGCAGCCUUAUAAAGAGGGGAGUUGGUCCCACGAGUGCUGGUGUUAACAAACAGGAUGGAACAGCACUAACAUGGCAGCUGGGCCAAGCACACAGCUAAGCCUGCAAGCAAAUAUUUAAAAUAAAGCAGGUCAUGGCUGCGCAUUGGAAAGUAGUUUGCCAAGUGCAGCUCAGCACCCAGCUUGCACGAAUAACCCUUCCCAGCAAUGAGGGGUGUUCUGCUUGGGUUAUUGGGUGAAAUUAUAUCCACCCCAGUUACUGGCUAGUUGUGCUGCACCUCUCCCCUUCAGUGUCCCUGACAAGUGACACUAAGUGUCAAGUCACUGAAUUGUCACAGAAAUUUAUUCCUCCUGCAGAGAAGGGAGUUUCCCUGCCCUGGCAGUUCACAAUCUCUCCAUCCCUGUGGCCCUAGUUAUGCCAUCCUCUAAUCCUGGCACAGGCAGCCAGCUAGGGAAUCACUGCACAGGGCAGGCUGUAGCUACCCUACAAAUGAGGAAGUGGUAAGUUUGUCUUGCAUUGCCACUGGUGAGAAAAGUAAAGGGAAAAAAAAAAAGCAGGCUCAUGGCAGUCUGGCACAUGAGAACAACUGUCUUGUAAAAGCUUCUGUUAAUAAAACAUUAACUUAAAUGCUGUGUAA